CUGAAGAUGUACUGCAAGUCAUAGUAUCAUAGUAUGCCUGAGAGUAGUAACUUGAAGCUUGUGAUAGCUAGUGCAUAUGAUCUCCAGGCUCUCGCUGCUGUAUAUCAAUCUAUACAUAUAUUGACCAUUGGAAGAAAUGAUAUGAUGAACUGCUGUCUUCAAGUGAUUAAAAUGAGGUCGUUGGUCCACAACAAUUUUGUUGUUCAAUUCGUUGCCAAAGUUGAGAUUUCAGAGCAGCACUGUCCACUAGUGACCACGUGUGGCUGGCAAGUGGGGCCAAAAAUGCUCAUGUUCAAGAAUAGCAACGGGUCACUAUUCACUAGCUCUUUCUUGGAAGAAUGGUUCAACCAAUGCGAGCUCUCUGCCAUCGAACACUUGUACCGCAGCAUCCUCCGUGAACAACUCCUCGCCUCUAAAACUUGCCACCAUCUGACUCCCGGGCUGGGCCAUAAAGUAAAGAGGAUCACUUGCAAGCAAGCGGGAUCAAAUCAACCCAAGGAGAAGCAAAAAGAAGCCAUAAUGCAACAAGAACGCCGGAGCACCGCCGCCGCCAUGCUGGCCGCCGCCGCGGUGGUCCUCCUGCUUGCCACCGCCGCUGCGCCGUGCAGCGCGCAGCAGGCGGUGAUGAGCAUCGAGGAGGCGUGCCGGAAGGCGGCGAGCGCGCAGGCGGGCGUGAGCUAUGAGCACUGCGUGUCGUCGCUGGCGUCGGACGGGCGGAGCCGCGACGCGGCGGACCUGCACAAGCUGGCGGUGGUGGCGGCGCGGAUGGCCGCGGACCACGCGGCGACGACGGAGGCGAGGAUGGAGGACCUGAGCGAGGUGGAGGAGUCGCCGCACGCGCGGGCGCGGCUGCACCACUGCCUGGAGCUCUACGGCGCCGCCGCCGACGUGCUCCGCGACGCGCUCGACAACCUCCGCGCGCGCGUCUACGGCAGGGCCUCGCAGCAGCUGGAGGCGGCGCUGGGCGCCUCCGAGAGCUGCGAGGACGUCUGGAAGGGCGAGGAACGGGUACCCAUCGCUGCCCACGACAGGGAGUACGGACGCAUGGCCGUCGUCGCGCUCGGCCUCACCACCGGCAUCGCCGCCUGAUCUCUCAUCUCAUGUCAUGGCCUUAUUAGAGCAUUCCAUCUUGUUGGCGUACGUGCAUACCAGGACCAUGACCAUGACCAUGAUGUGGUUUUGCAAUGCAUGCGUGGGUGAUGCUAUAUCUUAGUAGUAUUUGUCUAGCCACUACUAUGACUUAACCUUCUUCCUUCAGGUUUUGAUGCCUUGUUGCUGGAGGUGUUAGACUGUCAGGAAGAGAGAGUUAGCAGAGGUCGUCAUGCAUGACACUGCUGUCAUUUGUCAAAGUGUUUGUAGGGUAGGGCUCAUACGUGUUCAACCUAUAUGGUGGUCUUGCGUGCAUAAAUAAACUCUAGUAUUAUUUCCCGUGCAUGCUCUGUCUUGUAAUUCAUAAAUUUGAUGAAAGGUUUCCUGA